AGACAAAUUUCAUACGCUGGGAUGCGUUCGAAGUCUCAUCCAAGUGCUCCUCAGGAAUCUGAACACAGCCCUGAGAAAAUGUUAAUGACGAAACGAAAUCUCGAGAGUGGUCUGUGAGGAAGGUAAAUAAAUACAAAAUCCGGAAGUGUCACAAUUCCGGAAGAAGACAGAUGAAGGUCGCAUUCUUGGGUUAUAGAGGCCAAUUCGAGGAAAUCACACGAGGAUUCUGCCUCGUCUCGAUCAUCGCGGUUGACGUCACGAGCCCAAAACGGUCGUUGUAAGAUCGAAGCGUCCCAUUUAGCCGAGUCUGGCUGUGCUUUCUCACUCACUCCUCCCAGCUCCGCCGCGUGGUCCUGCGUCCUGUUGGGCCAGGCAAAGCCAGGUCUCGCUCCGCGCGACUCUAUUCUCUGAUUCGACCGAUUCGAGUAGGAUUCGGAGUAAUUGAAGCCUAAGCGGUGACGAGAGAAGAAAGAGAGAGAGAAACGGGUGGAAGUAACGGAGAAGAUUUGAGAAGAGAGUUGCUGAAGAGUUGUAGAGUUCGCGACUUGGCGUCCGCAUGGCGCAUGGCGAGCACUGAUGUAAACCGCCUCGAGAGUGCUAACGACGACUUUGCAGGACUUUGCCUACCUCCGGGGCGGAAUGUCCGAGGGACAUCGGUGAACGGCGAGCGAAGGGGGAACCGGUUCGCAACUUCGUGCGUUCACUUCGUGCGAAGACUGAGGGUUCUCUGCGCGCGAAGUGAAGAGGAAGGUGAGAGCGAAGUCGAUUCCUCCGGAACAGGUGCGCGUUUCCUCGUGUCUUCCCCGAGUCCCCAGUAUUAUCGAGCCAUCCGCGCGAACGUCGGCACUGUCGGCAGGGUAUGCCUGCGCCAACGCGUCCCGGCCGUGCCAGCGUCGCGCAUGGUGCGGUUCGUCGGCUAACCUAAUUCGUGGAUUCGUAUCUUGGGUCUUGACUACGGGCGAGCGAGACAGGUCGAGAACGCAUUUCCUCCCUACGAUGAACGCGAAUCUCUACACAGCGAUGACCGCAGACAGGGUCAUGUGGGACAAGGUCUGUCGGCUGUGCUCGGAAGAGAGGAACGAGAUGCUGCCAAUCUUUGGCGACGAGGGUCUGCAACGUAGAGUGGUGCAGAAGCUGCGCGCUUGCCUGCCCGUACUUGUGUACAAGACCGAUCCGUUGCCGAAGCAGAUCUGUCAGUUUUGCGCAGCUAGACUGGACGAUGUCUAUCAGUUCAGAGAGUUUUGCAUAAAUGUCUACAGGAGUAUGCAUACCGUGUUGCUCAAGUGCGAACAGAUGGAGUCUGCUCAGAUAUUCCUCGAUGCGAUGAUGAACUCGUCGGAUCCAUGUCAGGUUCAACUCUGCAAGGAAAAGUCUAGAGCUCCACCGCCGUUGGUUCCUUUAUCAAUUGUCAUGCCAUUUGAUGAUCUAGCGACGCCGAUUAAUCAAGCCAAUCAGGAUCAUUUUCAAAAUACCUGCAUGGAAACUUUGUCUGAAUUACCCUGCGAGGUAGAGAUCAAGGAGAUGAAUACAGAUGCAAUUUUCAGUAUCGAAACCGCCACUUGCGAACCGCUAAAUAAGAAGCGUAAACUGUCAGAAAUGUUUGAUAUGGAUAUACAGACAAAAGUGGAAUCUGUCCUUAUACCUGAUAUGGAAGGAACAAAAGCUCCUAAAUCAAACUGUCAAAUCAAGAAAGAAGAAAAACGAACCAGUAUUUUGGAACAAGUGUUGACUGGUAAUUUAACAAUGAAUAAUCACCAGAACCUACAACCUGGAACAAAGUUAACUUCCGAAUGGUGGUGUGCACCCUGUAAUAAUUAUUACAAAACAAAGGACAGUCUAAUGACGCAUAUGCAAUUACACUGCCCGCGUGUAUAUACUUGUAGAAAGUGCUCCGUGUCCUUCGAAUCUGUUGAAAUCUUAGCCAAACACGAAGCUAAUAGCCAUUUGAAGGUCAAGAUGGAUUUCACAGAAAACUUGAACGACUGUGAUCAGUGUGACCGGCAGUUCGUAAGAUGGGAAAUGCUGAAGCAACACAGACUGCGCGAUCAUUUAGCUGAAUUGACUGAUGGAAGCAAUACGCGGUGUUCGUUAUGCAAUAGAUUCUUCCCUACAGUAGAAUCUUAUCAAAAACAUGUUCAGUUACAUCAAACAAACUCGGCGAUGUCUCAGAAGUUACCAUCUUCAGAAUUUAUGAUUACAAAGAUACCGGAACGAAUUAGAGAAAUUAAACGAGAUGAACAGUACUGUGAAAGAUCUCUCAAGUGUCCCACUUGUGGGAAGAUUUGCACCCAACAGAGCGCAUUAUCGAAUCACAUGCGCACUCAUGAACCGAAGAAGCAUAAAUGCGACAUUUGCGGUCGGUCAUUCGGACUUCUUAUACGCUUAGCUGGGCAUAGAAUAACCGAGCAUAAUGAACAGCCAAUGAUGUCAUCAGUCUUGUCAGCAGUCGAGCAAGAGGAAGCCUUAAAUGCUGAGAGGGAAGCAAGGGAAGCUAAAUUUCGCAGUAUCAAGAAAACUUAUUUCGAGAUAAUGGAGAAGAACGAUGUCCCAGUAGAUGACGAAUCUGUAACGAAACGCAUUUCUGGUGGAAAUAAAAACGUGGCGAGAUGUGGCAUUUGCUCACAAUGGUUCAGCGAUCAUACGACAAUGUUAACGCACCUUGAGACACACUCAGAGUUUCAUAAGAGUUACACGUGUAACAUAUGUAAAAAAUCGUUUAAGGAACAAUCGCAGUUAUUAAAGCACGAGGCUAGUCAUAAACGUCAAACACUUGAUAAUGCCUCACUGUAUACAUCCGCUGUUUACAACAAAUCAUUAGUGGAUAAGGCGCAGCAAAAAACACACACGGUGGUUAAAACCUAUCACUGUGCAAAGUGUAAUAAAAUCUUUUUCAAAGAAGUAUCGCUGCUCACUCAUAUAUGCAGGAAUGCAGCACAACUUGAAAAGAAAGUCGCUGAAAAGAAGUCUCGGCUAAAGACGUCGCUUCAUGUUGGCAAUAAGACACACAAGUGCUCCAAAUGUGACGCGACCUUCGCAAGCUCGCAGUCACGAAACGCUCACAUGAAAAUGCACGCCGAGUACAUGCGCGGCAGUACAGUGCAGACACACGAAAUUAAAGUCGAAGCAGACGACGAACCGAUGCCAAAAUUGCGUCCGGAAACCCUGGAAUAUAUAUCUCCUAUCGAGCCAAAGGUUGAAAUUAACGAGCAGGGUACACCUCCGCCUCUUAAACGGACUCUCAUUAAAACUAGUAACGGGUAUCGAUGUGGUGUAUGCCAAUCACCAUUCGUGUUGAGAGAAUUAGCCGUGGCGCAUUUGAGAUCUGCACAUCCCGUGAUGCCAUAUCAGUGCCCGUAUUGCAAGAAACGCUUCACGACGCAGUACACAUUUGCCCAUCAUAUUAAGACAGAGCAUCCCGAUGAACCUGAGAAAUAA